UGGUCUGUGAAAGUUGGAUUAGAAGGAGGCUAAGGAUGAAGCAGAGCUCUCUAUUCACUAUUGCGUCUCUGAAAUUUGCUAAAAGCAGUACAACUCCAUAGCCGCUUGCUUUCUGCUUGUAUCAAUAUGAAUGCCGUUUUAGCAGUUUGUAAUAUAGGUAUAGUAGAGCCCAUUUCCACUUCUCUAAUUUCAACCUUCCCCGUUUGGCGGCCCAAAGCUUCAAUCAUUCGUUUCAGAAGAAGAAGAAGAAGGUACCCUAGCAUCAGAUUGCUCGCUCGAGCAUCUCUGGCAACCGAGCCAGUGGAAGGCCAAGCUCCGUCGCCAUCGGAAUCGGAAUCUGUUGCUCGUCGCCUCAUUCUGCUUCGUCAUGCCGAGAGUUCCUGGGAACGUCCUUCCCUGCGAGAUCAUGACCGCCCUCUGAGUAAAGCUGGACAAGCCGAUGCUGUCAUAGUUUCUUACAAGCUCCAACAGUUGGGUUGGAUCCCUCAACUCAUUCUUUCUAGUGAUGCAGUGCGAACGCGGGAGACGCUUAAGAUAAUGCAGGAACAAGCCCCAGCAUUUCUUGAUGCUGAGGUGCGUUUUAUUUCAAGCUUUUAUUCCAUUGCUGCAAUGGAUGGGCAGACUGCUGAGCAUCUUCAGCAGAUUAUCUGUAGAUAUUCAAGGGAUGAGAUACUUACGAUAAUGUGUAUGGGACAUAAUAGAGGAUGGGAAGAGGCUGCCUCAAUGUUCACAGGUGCCUCUGUAGAAUUGAAGACAUGCAAUGCUGCUUUGCUUGAAGCUACUGGAAAAACUUGGGAAGAGGCAUUUGCAUUGGCAGGACUCGGUGGGUGGAAGCUUCAGGGCAUAGUGAAACCAAGUAGUAGCCUAGAGAAGUUUUGAAUGCUAGUACUAGUAACGACCCAACACCCCAAUAUCAUCCGCCUUCCAUCCCCACCCCAAAAACAGAAAAAAGACAUUUUCUUUACUAGCUAUUGUUGGUUCAACUGUUCUAAACCACCUCAUUCCAUUUUCAACUGUUCUAAACCACCUCAUUCCAUUUUCUCCUUUUCCGAGUCUUCCAUGAAUGUAGGUUAUAAGUCAGAAUGAACCUUUCGCAUUCUGCAAAGUUGGGAACGAUGGUAAACCAAAGCUUAGUUACUAAAGAUAACAUCCCCGUCUGCUUGCAGUCAUUUGUUGUAAUAAAUUGGAGAUCUUGGUGAAGACUUUGCAAGGCCAACAUUGAGUAGGAACCUUCUUUGUGCCAGGGAUGAGGCAUCCUAUCUCAACAAAGGACAUAGACAGAAUUGCUAAUUGAAGAACCAAGCAAGAUUAAUGUCAGAUUAUUUGAUUCCACUGCUUCCCGUUCUAUAGAAGAGAUCAUGACUUGCAAUUGGUUCAAGUGCUAGGAUCUCCCUGCUUCAUUGUAUGUCUUGAUUUAUCUAACUAUUGAGAUGACAACUUGAAUGCAUUCACUGUAUAUACCUACCUGGAUGCUUUUAUUGAAUGCUAAACCCCUAUAAUGAGAAGAUAUGCAUCUUUGUAAA